AUGCAAGCUCCAUUCUCCGAUUACUCAACCACCGUUGACCUCCAUGGAUUCCGACGAUCUAUAAGUGCUCCUGCUAUGGCGGAGAUCAACGAUCUAUCUCACCCAAAUGAUUGGAAAACAGAGCAACGAGAUUCGAAAUCCAUUGUAAGAAAAGCCGUUGCUUUGCUCGUGGUGUAUCUCUCUUUAGGUGUGCUUAUCUACUGGUUGAAUCAAGAUGGUUUCAUAUUGAAGAAUCACGCUCAUCCCGUUGUUGAUGGUUUAUACUUUUGCAUUGUAACAAUGUGCACAGUUGGGUAUGGAGACAUCACACCGGAUAGUGUCGUAACGAAGCUGUUUUCGAUGUUGUUUGUGCUUGUUGGGUUUGGUGUCUUAUACUUAUUGCUUACUAGUGGGAUGUUUACUUGCGUUUUUCAUCUUCAAGAAAGAUAUAUGUUACAUGCUGCGAUGUAUGAUCCAGAGAGCAAGAUAUCAUCGUACACAGUCGAUAUGAAAGAAGGGAGAGUGAGGAUGAGGGCGAAAGUUGGAUCGGCGUUGAGCGUUUUGAUGUUAAGCCUUGUGUUUGGAGUUUUGGUUUUGCAUUUCGUUGAGAAGAUCGGGUGGUUUGAUUCGGUUUAUCUCUCGUUUAUGUCGGUUACUACGGUUGGCUACGGAGAACAGGAGGCUUUUAAGACCUUGACCGGUAGGCUUCUUGCAUCGGUUUGGUUGCUUUCGUCUACUUUAUCUCUUGUUGGAGGGUUUUUGUAUUUGGCUGAAGCAAGAACGGAUAAGAGGAACAGAGAAAGAUCGAAGCAAGUGCUUGGAGAAAACAUGUCUAUCUCUCAGUUCUUUGCUGCAGAUAUCGACAACAAUGGCUACUUGAGUAUAGCAGAGUUUGUGAUAUACAAACUAAAGGAGAUGGGGAGAAUAACCAGUGAGGACAUUAUACCGAUCAUUAACCGGUUUGACCAGCUUGACCCAACCCACAGAGGAAAAAUUACUCUUCCAGAUUUAUUCCCUGCAACUUCGGUUUAA